CCGCACCAUGUUCCCGCUGCUCGUGUCGCUGCUCGUGUCGCUGCUCGCUCCGCUCGGUGCCGUGUGCGGGCCGUGCUACCGCAUGGCGGGGCUGUUCCAGAUCCACGACGGACGGGACGGCCGGGACAUGGAGCGCGGCUGCGGGGGCGCCGCGUUGUUCCGCAGCCACGGGCAGCACCUGGCGCAGACGCUGCGUUUCGCGGUGGAGGAGAUCAAUAACGGCAGCGCUCUGCUCCCCAACGUCACGUUGUGCUGCGACAUCCACGACACGUGCUCGGACGCCGCCAACCUUCUCGCCACGCUGCGCGCCCUGGUCCGGUCCGGCCGGCGGCACGUGGAGGCACCGGGCGCCCUGCGGCAAUACGAGCCCCGGGCCGUGGCCGUGAUCGGGCCCGACAGCAGCCGCCUGGCGCUCAGCACCGCCGCCAUCCUGGGCGUCUUCCUCGUGCCCGAGAUCAGCUAUGAAGCCUCCCUGGAGACACUGAGCCUGAAGCGGUUCUACCCCUCGUUCCUGCGCACCAUCCCCAGCGAUGGGCAGCAAGUGAAGGCCAUCGCGCUGCUGCUGCAGCACUUCAGGUGGACGUGGGUGGCUCUGGUGGGCAGCGACAACACCUAUGGUAGGGAUGGGAUCAAGGCCCUCUAUGAGCUGCUGGCCACAACCGAGGUGUGCGUCGCCUACCGAGGUGUCAUCCCCGCAACCAAGGACGGCAGCAGCCCCGAGCUCCACAAGCUGACCCAGAUCCUCAUGGACAGCAGGGUCAACGUCACCGUCGUGUUCUCCAACAGGAGGAACGCGCAGCCCUUCUUUGAGGCGGUGGUGCAGCGGAACAUGACGGGGAUGGUGUGGGUGGGCUCUGAGGACUGGUCUUUAGCCCAGACCGUCUGGCAGGUGCCCGGCAUCCAGAACAUCGGCUCCGUGGUUGGCAUUUCGGUUGAGCAGGCAGAGCCCACAGUGCUGAAACGCCUCCAGUCUUGGGCGAACGCAAAGAAACGUGCUGUGUGUGGGAGUGCUGGCAGCACAGCGGAGCCGAGGGGAAAUGGAGCGAGCAGCAUUGAAGGCGUCCAGCUGAACUGCACCCAGCACCGCCCAGAAUGUCAGCUGCUCGCUCACACCCCAGACAUAUACGACAUUCAGGCCUCUUACAACGUGUACUCUGCUGUGUAUGCGGUGGCCCAUGGCCUCCACGACCUGCUGGGCUGCGCCUCAGGGGUGUGCAGCAAAGGCAGAGUGUAUCCCUGGCAGCUCCUACAAAAAAUCAAGCAGGUAAACUUCAGCCUGCACAACAGCCAGAUCUCAUUUGAUGCCAACGGGAACAUUCGUAAAGGUUAUAACAUCAUUGCAUGGAAUUGGAGAGGCCGGAGUUGGGCUUUUGAUGUGGUUGGAGCUUUCACUGUGAACCCUGAAAAACUGCACAUUGACCAGAGCAAAAUCCUGUGGCACACAAGAGAUCACCAGGUUCCUGUCUCCGUCUGCUCCUGGCCCUGUGCAGCCGGGGAGAUGAGGCUGCAGCAGAACCGACACCGCUGCUGCUUCAGCUGCGUGGCCUGUCCAGCAGGGACCUUCCUGAACAAAUCAGGUCAGUCUCAGGGUGCCCCACCAGGACCAAGCACUAACUGUGCCCAUGGCUCCCACGUGCCGCUGUUCCCUGCAGCCCCGUAUUCCUGCCAGGCCUGUGGGAGGGACGAGUGGGCGCCCGCAGGGAGCGAGAGCUGCUUCAACCGCACCGUGGAGUUCCUGUCCUGGGCCGACCCGCUGUGCUGGGCGCUGCUGGUGCCCACCGUGCUGCUGCUGCUGCUGCUGCUGGGGCUGCUGGUGCUGUUUGCCCUGCACGCCUCCACGCCGGUGGUGCGCUCAGCGGGCGGCAGGUUGUGCUUCCUCAUGCUGGGCGCUUUGUUCUGCGCCUGCAGCAGCAUCUUCUUCACCUUCGGGCGGCCCAGCCGGCUCUCGUGCCUCGUGGGCUUCCCGCUCUACAGCAUCAGCUUCACCGUGUUCCUGUCGUGCGUGGCCACGCGCAGUCUGCACAUCGUCUGCAUCUUCAAGCUGAGCCGGCGCUGCUCGGCGCUGCACGAGUCGUGGCGGCGGCGGGGCGGCCCGGUGCUGUUCAUCGCGUGCAGCACGUUGCUGCAGGCCGUGCUGUGCGUGGCGGCGGGUCCCGCGGGGCCGAGGCGACACUACGGGCUGCGGGCGGAGCGCGUGGUGCUGGAGUGCGGGGCGGGCGGGGACACGGCGGCCAUAGUGUACAACGCGCUGCUGGGCGCCGGCUGCUUCGUGCUGAGCUACGCGGGGCGGGAGCUGCCGGCGGAUUAUAACGAGGCCAAGUGCGUGACGUGCGGGCUGCUGCUGCAGCUCGUCUGCUCGGCCGCCGUGCUGAGCACACGGGGCGUGUGCCGCGGUCGCAGCGCCGCGGUGCGUUCGGCGCUGGGCGCGUUGUGCUCCGUGACGCCGCUGCUGGUCGGGCUGUUCCUGCACAGGGGCUUCGUGCUGCUGCUGCGGCCGCAGCUCAACACGGCGCAGCGCGUCCAGCGGGCGAUACGCAGCUACACGAGGCGCCGCGACCGGUAACGGCCCCGCGCGGCCAUC